CGACGACCGGCUGGCAAAGAGCUGCAUGCAACCGGUGGGAGGCCGGGCCGGCUGGGGCUGGGGCUCGGGCCGGUUCUCGGCUUGUCCCUGGUGGCGAGCGCGGACGGCCCGGAGGCGGCGGCUCUGAGCUGGCAGGCGGAGGGUUGUCUCCCGCGCCCGCCUGCCCGGAGCGGUCCGAGGAUGCGGGGGGGCGAUGCCCGGGGCCAGGGACGCGCUCUGUCACCAGGCGCUGCAGCUGCUGGCCGAGCUCUGUGCCCGUGGGGCCCUGGAGCACGACAGCUGCCAGGAUUUUAUCUACCACCUGCGGGACCGCGCCAGACCUCGUCUCCGCGACCCAGAUAUCUCAGUCAGCCUACUGACCCUUGUGGUCACUGCCUGUGGCCUCGCUCUCUUUGGCGUGUCUCUCUUCGUGUCUUGGAAACUCUGCUGGGUUCCGUGGCGAGAACGAGGCCUGUUCUCUGGUAGCAAAGACAACAACCAGGAGCCUCUUAACUACACAGACACAGAGACGAAUGAGCAGGAGAACAGUGAGGGCUUCCUAGACCCUCCCAGCCCCUGCCCUGACUCCUCCAUGAAGAUCAGCCACACCUCCCCCGACAUCCCCCUCUCCACCCAGGUGGGGGGCCAGGAGCACUGUGCCCAGGGCGUCCGCAUGAAGCGCCAAGUCACAGAGCCAGCCUCGUCAACUCGGCAUAAUUCAAUCCGAAGACAACUCAACCUGUCAAACCCGGACUUCAAUAUCCAGCAGCUUCAAAAACAGGAACACUUGGCUGGAAUUGGCCGAAUUAAGCCAGAGUUAUAUAAGCAGAGGUCGUUGGAUAAUGACGACGGGAGAAGGAAUAACAGCAAAGCCUGUGGGAGACUGAACUUUAUUUUAAAAUAUGACUGUGACUUAGAACAGCUCAUAGUGAAGAUUCAUAAAGCUGUCAAUUUGCCCGCCAAGGACUUUUCUGGGACUUCAGAUCCUUAUGUCAAGAUCUAUUUGCUUCCUGAUCGGAAAACAAAACACCAGACUAAAGUUCACAGAAAGACCCUGAACCCUGUGUUUGAUGAAGUGUUUUUGUUUCCUGUUCCCUACAACGAACUUGCAGCCCGGAAGCUUCACUUCUCUGUGUACGACUUUGACAGGUUCUCCCGCCAUGACUUAAUCGGCCAAGUGGUGGUGGAUCACUUCCUAGACUUGGCUGAUUUCCCCAGGGAGUGCAUCCUUUGGAAGGACAUCGAAUAUGUCACCAAUGACAAUGUGGAUCUUGGAGAGCUGAUGUUUUCCCUCUGCUACCUGCCAACGGCUGGCAGGCUGACCAUCACUGUCAUCAAAGCAAGGAAUCUAAAGGCGAUGGACAUAACAGGAGCAUCAGAUCCCUACGUGAAGGUCUCCCUGAUGUGCGAUGGCAGACGGCUGAAGAAGAGGAAAACAUCCACCAAGAGGAACACCCUGAAUCCUGUUUACAACGAAGCCAUAGUCUUUGAUGUCCCUCCCGACAACAUUGACCAAAUCCACUUGUCCAUAGCAGUCAUGGACUACGACCGUAUAGGUCACAAUGAGAUCAUCGGCGUGUGUCAAGUAGGCAACAAAGCCGAGAGGCUGGGCAGAGACCACUGGAGUGAAAUGUUGUCGUAUCCUCGGAAGCCCAUCGCACACUGGCAUUCCCUGGUGGAGGAGGAGGACGUGAGACGAGGUCAUUUGCUCCCCUGGCUCCCACGUACUGCCUUCUGAUGAUACCACUGGCUUCACAUUUUGAGUGCACUUGAGGAAUAUUCAGAACUGUAACUAAGGCAUCUUACCAAAUCAUGAAGGUUCCUCUUGAGCUUACGUGGAUGGCCAGGCACUAAAGUGCUUCAGUGUCUGUUUUCAUAAGAGACAGAGGAAACGGAAACACCACAGAGAUCCCUGUGGUGAGGGCAGACCCUUGCCCCUUGAAUGACAACUGGUCGGGAGGUGACAAGGAUAUUGGUCCUCCAGUUGGAUUUCCUCACCAGGGAAACAUUUUAGCAGCAGUUUUAUGCAAGGUAAUGAUUCGCUCCACCUAUAUGUGAAGAUGAGAAAGAGAAAAAUAGUGGGAUAGUCUUUUUUUGGACAAAAUAAGGGACUUAUAAACUGAGAUUUCCCCUCCCUACCCCCCAAAGCUAUUUUUAUUGAUGGGAUUUAGCGUGCCAGUGUCCAUAAAUACCUGCAGGGCCACUGAAGCAAAACUGAUUGCAAAGAACAUAAAAAUGCGCUCCAUGUUUUGGGAAUCUGAAAAGCAUUAACAAGCCUGUUAGAACCCAUGCCAGUUGCUGUAAGUGGCCAGAACGCAGUUGGGACAAGCAGGAUGGUUCGUGCUAAUGGGGUGUGUGUUUCUACCUGGUGGAGGGCGUGGUCAGCAAACAAAGCCAAGGGCAUUUAAAUUUCCCAAGCAAGUCUUUUUUCUUGUGUUAUCUGUACAAAAAAGGAUGCUAAACAUUUUCUCAUCUUCAGCCUGGAUACAAAAACUAGUGACUCUUGCAAAGGUCUCGAGAGGUAGUAAUCAUACCCAACACGGGAGCAUUAAGGUGAACACAGGAGGCGUGAGGGAUAACGAUAUGUUCGAAAAUAGCAUUGCUGCCUGAACAGAAAGACAAGUGCAUCUUGACUAUUCUGUCAUUCACAGAUGCACCAGCAGUCACUGCCCUGGGCCGUUCCUGCGGCACACUUGAAUAGUAAUUAAGUAAGGAAUGGUUAACAGUGGGCUUAAGUCUUAACAGUCUCUAGCUCCAGGAAUGGCAUUCAGAAGUGAUUGCUAAUAUAAUGGGCCCCUGGCUGAUUCUUCCCCCUAGAUGAAAUGAACUAGAGUGGCGUAUGCCAGCCUCUCAAAGAACCACACCUCCUUGGGGUUGUCUGUGGGGAGGAGAGCACUUCCUGGGUGAAAGGGUCCGGAGCCAGGGUGGAGCAUCCUGGCAGCAGACCGCAGGAGGACCUCAGGAAGACCACUGCUCCUGGAAAUGACCUUUCAGGGUAUGUGCCUGUUGAAUGCUCCCUCCCAAGUUCCACCAGAACAACCUGUUGAUAAGACAGAAUGGUUUAUUGCUUGCCUGGUAAUGGAAGGGGAGAGGCAAAGUCUGAUUUAUGAAGAUUUUGAAGUUUAGUUUGAGGUUGCUCUUUCAUUGUGGUAAGGGUUUUGAGACAGGGCCUGAGGGGCUUGGCUACAACUGGGUGAAUAUCAUGAUAUGAUAGUUUAGGUGGACAGAGAAAGGCAAGGAUUUUGAGACCAGGGUUCAAAGAGUUUGGGGGUGUAAACUGUCGAUGCUUUCUAAGGAAGAGUUGAUCGUCUUUUGGGAGGUCCCCAAAAUGCGCAAUAAGUUUGUUUGCAAUUUUUACUUAGUUUGGCAACUAUUUUAUUCUCUGGGAAUAAAGUUGCUAAUGAAGGCAAUAGAAUAGUAAAGUCAAGUUAAUGAAGAGUGUAUUCUGUAGUCAGCGAUGUUGGGGGAGUUGGCUUUACUCUUAUGCCCCAAAUACAAAAAGCAGGAUUGCUGGCAGGGGUCUGCCCCAUUCUGCAGAUACCCCCCCAGGACAGCAUGAACAUUUGCUUGUUACACCUCCCUGGCACCAGUGCCCUCUCUCUGAUGACCCUGACUUCUCAUUGGGGAUGCUAGGAAUCUUGGCUCCAGUAAUGGAACUACAACCUAGUCCCAGGCUAAACCAGUCAAGCCAGCCGUGGGGAUUAGCACUGCGUCGGCUGAUUUAAUCAGACAGUAUUAUAGACCUUUCUGUGCGGAUGCUUGGACAAAGAUGAUCUUUCUUCCCUGUGAUGUAAACAAGGAAGCCUAUCUCCCAGGAGCAGCUGUAGCCCUGUAGGACCUCUGGAGAGGCCAGGCUUAGGGUGAGGCUAACUCCAUGGGUGGCAGAAUAGAUAAAAAGUAUCCUGACCCUCAGGCACAUGGCUGAACGAGCCUCUCCUGAGUGUAGUGUUUGCUCAGGCCUUUAUGAACAUGUAAGCAUGUAAGUUUCCUUUGUGGUGUAAGCAACUCGAGGUGGGAUUUCUGUGCCUGAAACAGAAGACACCCUCUCAGGGACACAGAAAACCAUUCCCAGAGCUGCCAUGGGGUCAGCCCUUCUGUCUCGCUCACCACGUAUGUACAAUACCUAACGAAGUAUGUGGCACGUGGUAGACAGUCAGUAAAGCGUUUUUAAAAAAACAAAUUAUUGAUGUUCGGUUAAUCAGCUUGUGUAUUGAAACAGUUAUGGCCAAAAGAAGGACUCUGCUGUUAAUGACACACAAUGUAAACAACGAGAAACUGCUUUCCUUUUGCUCUGUAUCUUAUUUACCAAAGGCAAAUUCAAAUCCUGCGUGGAUUUGCAGGAGCCCUGGGCAGCUCUCCAUCCUGUGCGGUUCCUCAGGGGCGAAGAUCAGCAACAUCCCUGUCCUUUCCUGGUUACAUGUUCCCCAUGUACUGCAAUUCAUUAGUUUAGAAUGAAAAUGAAAAUCUAUACUCAUUUAAUAAUAAUUUAAUAAUAGUACUUGAGCAACUUGAACAUUCUCUUUUAAUCCUGUA